GUAUGACAUUUCGUACGCGACAAUUGACGGAAAUAGUCGACAAACGGCUGCAUACGCUUUGGCGCAAAGAAUCAACCAGUACACUUUGUCGCUCUCCACGCAGUUAUACGAUUUUUUAUUGUUAUUUGAAUACGUGCACAACGAUUAUCUUCCUGUUGUCUCAUAUCAACGUCAAAUAAUUAUGAAGGAAUGGCUCAGAAUCUCAUGCUUAUUGUGCAUAUGCGGUUUUGCACGCGAAAUUCGUCCUUCAGAGCCAUACUUAACGGAAUAUUUGAUAAGCAGCAGAGCAAAUAUAACACGGGAUGUGAUCAGCCAAAAAGUCUAUCCUGUGGUGACCUAUUCUUAUCUGGCUACACUUGUGCUAAUCUUUCUAGUCACUGAUUUUCUGAGGUACAAGCCCUUGAUUAUUUUGAUGGGUUCUUGUGGUACAAUAGUAGCAUCGAUGCUACUCUGGACCACUACAUUAACUGCCUUGCAAACAAUGGAAUUCUUUUACGGUCUUUAUUUGGCCCUCGAAGUGGCUUAUUACACAUAUAUUUAUGCCAAAGUGGACAAACGAUACUACCCCAAAGUCACUGCCCACACACGAGCGGCCAUGUUCAUGGGUAAACUAGUAGCAGGCUUUUCCUCACAGCUACUCAUUAAUUUGAAGCUAAUGAAUUACAAAUCGUUGCAUUAUAUAACAUUAAGCACUCAAAUCUUUGCUACAUUGUGGGCCUUCACUUUGCCAAACGUGGAUAAAAGUUUAUACUUCCAUCGAAAGCAUGAUGUGCAUGAUGUGCAACCAACGGCAGCUGUUAACUCAUCAUCUAUGGAAUUACAAGAUGCAAAAUCAAUUAAAAGUCAAGACAAAGAAAGUGUUAAACCGAUUUCACCUUUAAACUUGUUGUGGUCACAUUUCUAUAAUGCCUACAGCAAUUUAAAAGUAGUCCAAUGGAGUAUUUGGUACGCGGUCAGUUUGUGUGGUUAUUUGCAAAUCAUCAUGUAUAUGCAAGUAUUAUGGAUUGAAAUUAAGCCGAAUAUGGAGAUUGCUUGGAAUGGUGCAGUUGAUGCAGUAUUAACAGCAUUGGCGGCUCUAAUGGCUUUGGCAGCUGGGUACAUUCAUGCUGGAAGAUUGAAACCACUUCAAAGUUUAUUAGUUUUGUCCAUUUUUGCGGCAAUGGAGGGAGGAGCUAUUUUACUUUGUUGUCGCACGUCGAAUAUAUACAUCUCUUACGUUGGCUAUAUACUUUUUGGCGCUUUUUUUGCGUUUAGCAUAACUGUAGCGAGCGCUGAAGUGGCACGUUAUUUGGAAGAAGAAAGUUUUGGAUUAGUAUUCGGUGUAAAUACUUUUAUAGCGCUUACAUUUCAAACACUGUUAACAAUAACGGUGGUUUCAAACUCUGGUUUAUCUUUGAACGUACGUGGCCAGUUCACCGUGUACGCAUUUUACUUCAUCGGUGCGAGUGUUAUUUCCAUCUUAUUUGUGGCUGUGGAAUAUUUCAUUAAGAAAAGUACAGAAAAGCCCACAAAUAUAGGUCUGGAGUAAUUUUUUACUUAUUUAAAAAACGAUAUGCUAUAUUAGUAGCUCGAGUUUUUUAGGUAUUUAAUAAAGUGAUGGUCUACACAUUUUAA